GCAGGCGGAAGACAACGGAGGACAGACCUAACGCAGCGGCAGCAGGGGAGGGGAGGGGAGGUUUACGAUCGACAGAAAGAGAGACAUAGAGCGAGAGAGACAGAGAGAGAGGAGGGAGAACACACCAGGAUAGCUUGUGGGUUUUUCUCGGAACGACUCUGUCAUCAGUGACUGAAGAAACAUUUAUCGAUGAAAACGCUUGUUUUUCCUGCGAUGUUAAAGCGAGGAGUGGAUACGAAGCUUGCUUCCGAGUUUCGCUCACAGCGUGAGCUGCCAAACAGAGGAACCCGUCAUUAGAAUCAUUUCUCACCAUAGAUUGAGCAGUUCAGACAAGACUAAAAGACUUUCUUCACGAAACAUGAUGGAGUACUGGAGGCAGUGUGCUUCUUGGUUGAUCAACUGCAAGGUGCUUCCACCGACCCACCGGGUAACAUGGGAGUCUGCCCAGGUGUUCGAUCUCGCCCAAACACUCCGGGAUGGGGUUCUCCUGUGUCAGCUUCUCAACAAUCUAAGACCACAAUCCAUAAACCUGAAGGAGAUCAACCUGAGGCCACAGAUGUCACAGUUCCUCUGCUUGAAGAACAUCAGGACGUUCCUCAGCGCAUGCUCCGAGAUCUUCGGCAUGAAGAAGAGCGAGCUGUUCGAGGCCUUUGACCUGUUCGACGUGCGCGAUUUUGGCAAGGUAAUGGACGCACUGUCCAAGUUAUCACACACAAGUAUUUCGCAACAAACUGCGAUAAGGCCUUUUCCAACAGAAGACAGUGUUGAGGAUGAAGAUAUUUAUAACCAUUUGGAGGACCUAAUAGAUGAGAAUGGGGUAGAGGACGAGGAGGACCUGUAUGACUGUGUGUACGAUGACGGUGAGGGAGAGGAGGUGUACGAGGACCUGAUGAAGACUGAGAGUUUGCCACCGCCGAAACAGACUACUGAGACGGACAUCAGGAGCUGCUGCCUUACAGAGAUCAAACAGACAGAGGAGAAAUACACUGAAACCCUGGAUUCGAUUGAGAAGUACUUCUUAAAGCCUCUUAAAACAUUUCUCUCUCCGGUGGAAAUCGACACAGUCUUUGUGAAUAUUCCCGAACUUGUUCAAGUGCACAAGAGACUCGUUGAAGAGGUGAAGGAUUCUGUCACGCUCAAUAGCGCCAAGAACCUCUACCUGGUCUUCCUCAGCUACAAGGAGAAGUUACUAAUUUAUGGGAAGUACUGUAGCCAGGUGGAGACAUCCAUCGCCGUGCUUGACGACAUUUGCAAAGAGAAGGAGGAUGUUCGGUUGAAGCUUGAGGAGUGCUCAAAGAGAGCCAACAAUGGGAAGUUUACGCUGCGUGAUCUCCUAGUCGUGCCUAUGCAGAGAGUCUUGAAGUACCACCUCCUUCUGCAGGAAUUAGUGAAACACACUCAGGACACCGGCGACAAGAGCAAUUUACGGACAGCCCUCGACGCCAUGAAGGACCUGGCACAGUAUGUCAAUGAGGUGAAAAGAGACAACGAAACACUGAAAGAGAUAGACCAGUAUCAGAAAUCCAUUGAAAACCUGAAUCAGUCUCUCCGAAACUACGGGCGACCUAAAGUUGACGGAGAAGUUCGAGUGGCCUCAGUGGACAAGCGUGCUAAACAGGACCGACACAUCUUCCUGUUCGACGCUGCCGUGAUCGUGAGCAAGCGGAGGGGAGACAACUACGAGAUGAAGGAGGUGAUCGACCUGCACAACUUCAAGAUCACCGACAACCCCACCCCAGACAAGGAGAACAGAAAGUGGUCCUACGGAUUCUACCUCACACAUAACCAGGGUCAGAGUGGCUUUGAGUUCUUCUUCAAGACCAAAGAAUUGAAGAAGAAGUGGCUGGAACAGUUUGGCAUGGCCCUGUCCAACAUCCGGCCAGAGAACGCUAACAGCAGCCACGAGUUCCGCAUGCACACCUUCGACAGGAUCACCUCCUGCAGUGCCUGUCACAUGCUGCUGAGGGGCAUCUUUUAUCAGGGUUAUCAGUGCAGUAAGUGUGGAGCAGGAGCCCAUAAGGAGUGUCUGGGCAGGCUGGACAUCUGUGGGAAAAACCCAGAUGCGGGCUCCUUCAGAACUCAGGAAAGAAUGCAUCGACGACCGGACCCAGGUCUGCCUAAGAUGCAGGUGAUCCGUAACUACCACGGCGUCCCCAGUCCCAUGGGCGGCCCCGCGCUCAACAUCCACAUCGGUGAUGUCAUCGAGCUUCUCUGUGCCGACCUGCACAGCUCCUGGUGGCAGGGCAGAAUCCUGUCGACGGGAGAAGUUGGCUUCUUUCCAAGCGAUGCAGUGAAGCCUUGUCCAUGUGUUCCCAAACCUGUUGAUUACUCGAGCCAGCCAUGGUUCGCUGGGCUGAUGGAGCGGCAGCAGGCGGAGGCUGAGCUCAUAAACCGCGUCAACAGCACCUACCUGGUGCGGCACAGGAGUCGCGAGUGCACCGAGUACGCCAUCAGCAUCAAGUACAACAACGACGUGAAGCACAUCAAGAUCCUGGCCAAGGAGGGCUGCUUCCACAUCGCCGAGAAUAAGAAGUUCAGGAGUAUAUUAGAGCUGAUAGAAUACUACAAACACCACUCCCUACGGGAAGGCUUCAAAAGCCUGGACACCACACUGCAGUUCCCGUACAAGGAGCCCGAAAAUGCAGUCAUGCACCGUGGCAACCGCCCUGGAAGCAACACCUCUCUCCUCUGUGGACUCUCUUUUGUGAGUCCGGCCGGCUACAGCUUUGUCCCUCCCUCCACCGCCCCCUUCUGGUCAGUGUUCACCCCUAAAGUGAUCGGCGUGGCGAUCGCGCGCUAUGACUUCAGCUCGCGAGACACACGGGAGCUCUCGCUCCAGGAGGGAGACGUGGUGAAGAUCUACACCAAGUCUGGGGCCAAUGGCUGGUGGAGGGGAGAGGUCAAUGGCAGGGUGGGUUGGUUCCCCUCGACCUACGUGGAGGAGGGAGAGGAGUGAGGAGAGUCAUCACCAUGAAGAGAAGAAAGAGAAUCAACGCAACGCAACGCAACAUGAGUGAGAGUCAGAGAGCGACCAGCAAAGGACAACAUUAGUGAGAGUCAAAGAGCGACCAGCAAAGGACAACAUGAGUGAGAGUCAGAGAGCGACCACCAAAGGACAACUGCACCACUGGCAUUGUUGAAAUGAGCCAGAGGGCUUGACCCUCUCAGUGGGAAGGGGCGGGGUGUGGGUAGGGGGCCAUUUCUCUAAGCAGUUCUACAUGGUGCUCCCCUCCCCUGCCCUGCCCUGUCCGCCCUGCCCUGCCCUGCCCUGCCCAGCCCCUAAGCCCCAGCACUCCAACCCCCAGCAGCAGAACCUUCUGCCUCUCCCCGGGCCGCCUGUCAUCCUGGGGCGCGUGGUGAGACGGAGAGGGCCGGAGGGGUGUGACGUCCGCUGACAGGUUAAUGGCCGCGUGACGCCUCCGCUGGGAAGUUUCGCCAGCCACGCACUCUCUCCGUGGCAGACGCUGACACACACACACACACAC